AUGGCAAUGGUCAUUGACGACGCCUUCGAGGAUGAUUUAUACAGCAGCAGUACCACUACGAUCACCACAGACGAAGGUCCUGCCUGUGCCUGGAACCACGGGGGAUCUCCUGUCGUUGAUUGGAACUCAUUAUCCAGCGAGAGACAUGAGUUUCAAGACCUCAUUGAGUCGAUGAUGGAUGAUGGGACCGAGUUUGAGUUGGCUCGAGUAGGCCAUGAAACCUGUAACUCGGUCUCAACUGAUACCAUGGUUGUGGAUGAAGAAACCCAGGGUGAGGAUUCCAAGGGGUUGAGGUUGGUUCAUCUGCUGAUGGCGGCUGCUGGGGCUAACAAGAGCCGUGAAUUGGCUCUAGUGAUAUUGGUUCGGCUCAAGGAGUUGGUUUCCCCCAGUGAUGGAACCAACAUGGGAAGGGUAGCGGCCUAUUUCAACGAGGCCUUACAAGGUUUACUUGAAGGCUCCGCCUCCGGCCGCGGCCACGGGAAGCAUUUAAUAACCAAUCGACUGUACCACCACCGUGACGACCACCAUCACGCCGACAUGCUUGCGGCUUUUCAGCUGCUGCAAGACAUGUCCCCGUUUGUCAAAUUUGGUCACUUCACGGCUAAUCAAGCCAUCCUGGAGGCUGUUUCCAAUGAUAGCAGGAUCCACAUAGUGGACUACGAUGUCAUGGAAGGGAUCCAAUGGGCGUCCUUGAUGCAAGCCUUGGUUUCCAGGAAAGACGGACCACCAAACCCACAUCUUAGGAUCACGGCUCUAUCGAGAUCUGGCAGCGGACGGCGAUCGAUCGGGACCAUUCUAGAAACCAGUCGAAGAUUAGUAGCCUUUGCAGCCUCAAUUGGACAGCCCUUUUCAUUCCAUCAAUGUAGGCUCGACUCCGACGAAACGUUUAGGCCAGCAGGUUUGAAGAUAGUUAGAGGAGAGGCGUUUAUAAUCAAUUGCAUGUUGCACUCGCCUCACUUCAGCCACCGAGCACCCGACUCGGUCGCUUCGUUUCUAUCCGGUGCCAAGACUUUGAGCCCACGACUAGUGACUCUGGUGGAAGAAGAAAUCGGACCCAUUGGAGACGGAGGGUUCGUGGGACGGUUCAUGGACUCGUUACACCAUUACUCGGCCGUCUACGACUCGCUCGAAGCCGGAUUCCCUAUGCAAAACCGCGCUCGAGCGUUAGUCGAAAGAGUAUUCCUAGGGCCACGGAUAGCCGGAUCAUUGGCAAGGAUGUACCGAGGCGGGGGAGAGGAAGAGAGUCGUUCUUGGUAAAAAUGGCUAUCAACAAUGGGAUUCAAGAGCGUGAACAUCAGCUUCGCCAAUAAUUGCCAAGCAAAACUGCUGCUAGGCUUAUUCAAUAACGGGUACAGGGCGGAGGAAUUGGGCAACAACAGGCUCGUCUUGGGCUGGAAAUCCAGGCGUUUGCUAUCGGCUUCCAUCUGGACUUGUCCCGACAAUGAUUAG